AUGUCGGCAUCGCUGGCGACCGAGUGCAACGAAGUCAAGGAGCGUUACGACAGCUGCUUCUUAAAAUGGUAUAGCGAGAAGUACCUCCGCGGCACAGCAACAUCAGAUGAAUGCGAGCCUCUAUUCGCAAAGUACAAGCAAUGUCUUGGUCGCGCACUCAAGGAACGCGGCAUAGACAAGAUGCUCGACGAAGCAAGAGCGGACAAUCGCGAAAACGAUCUCGAGAACAUGAAGCCUACCAAUUGA